CGUAGUCCACGUGUCAUAAUACAAUUACUUCUUGUUGUCUUCUUCGGUUUGCUUCAGUUCCUUCAGUUGCUUUAGAACAUGGCGGUUAAUACACAAGAGAAUAAUUUAAAAAGGAAGCUGGUGGAACAUGGAAGUGAGUCGGAUGAAGAAAAUGAUAAGAAUGGUAAAACAGUGAAAUACAGGAUGGAUGCUCCACGCUUAUGUCCUUACCUGGAUACCAUCAAUCGUCAAUUUCUGGAUUUUGAUUUUGAAAAAUUGUGUUCCGUUUCUCUCUCUAGAAUUAAUGUGUAUGCAUGUCUUGUAUGCGGUAAAUAUUUUCAGGGUAGAGGAACCAACACGUAUGCCUAUACUCACAGUGUGGCUGAAAGCCAUCAUGUUUUUCUGAAUCUUCAUACAUUGAAAUUCUACUGUCUACCAGAUAAUUAUGAAAUUGUUGAUUCAUCACUGGAUGAUAUUAAAUAUGUUCUAAAUCCAACGUUUGAUAGAUUUCAAAUUACUCAACUUGAUAAGAGUGACAAACUUUCUAGAGCCAUUGAUGGCUCCAUGUAUUCUCCAGGUAUUGUAGGUUUAAAUAACAUCAAAGCCAACGAUUACUGCAACGUUAUUUUACAGGCUUUGUCACACGUUACACCAUUAAGAGACUUUUUUUUACGUGAAUCAAAUUACUCUCAUGUGAAGAGGCCACCGGGAGAUUCAUCCUAUUUAUUAGUUCAAAGAUUUGGAGAGCUUAUGCGAAAAUUGUGGAAUCCAAGAAAUUUUAAGGCUCACGUUAGUCCACACGAGAUGCUCCAGGCAGUCGUUUUGUGGAGCAAAAAGCGAUUUCAAUUUACAGAGCAAGGUGAUCCUGUCGAUUUCCUCUCUUGGUUCUUAAACGCUUUGCAUUUGGCACUCAAUGGCACUAAAAAACGAGAUUCUAGUAUAAUCUACAAAACGUUCUUGGGUCACAUGCGGAUAUACACUCGUAAGAUUCCUCCUCUUGAGUUAGAAGAGAGUCAGAGAAGUGAAUUACUCAAUACAGUGGAAUAUGGCGAAACGGUCACUGAGAGUCCAUUUUUGUAUUUAACGUGCGACCUUCCACCACCACCACUGUUUAAAGACCAGUUUACCGAAAAUAUCAUUCCACAGGUCAACCUAUAUACAUUACUGAACAAGUUUAACGCUGUGGCCGAAAAAGAAUAUAAAACUUACAAGGAGAAUUUCAUGAAACGUUUUGAAAUCACCGAAUUACCGCCAUAUCUCAUACUUUAUAUAAAGAGAUUCACAAAAAAUACAUUUUUUGUUGAGAAGAAUCCUACCAUAGUAAACUUCCCGGUUAAAAACGUAGAUUUUGGUGACAUUUUGACAUCCGAAGUAAAAGCAAAACAUCCGUAUACGACUUACGACUUGGUGGCUAAUAUCGUACAUGAUGGUGAACCUGGUCAAGGUACGUACAGAGUUCACAUACUGCAUAGAGCAACUGGUCAGUGGUAUGAAAUGCAAGAUUUACACGUGACACAGAUUCUACCUCAAAUGAUCACUUUAACGGAAGCAUACAUUCAGAUUUACGAAUUGAGACGAGAAGAAAAUGUAGAGAAUGGAGACAUUCAAGUGAAGCGAUCCACGUGACGUUUUUCGAAGCGUACAUUUAUUAAAUAAAUAAACGAAUGGAUCUUUUACAGAA